AUGUGUGACGAGGCAGAGGACAGCGACAGCGGCGAGAGAGCGCAUCUCUCCGAGUCUCCCUCCCCGCCGCUCUCUGUCAGUCUUCCCCGAGGAUCGCCGUCCUCUCCGCGGCCCCUGAACCUCUUCUCCUCCGCCUCUCCUCUCCUGGGGGACACGGACCCGCCUUACCUCGCCUCUCAGGAGUGUCUCCACGCCUCUCCGCAGGAGCGGGAACCGGAGGUCUCCACGCACUUCACGCCGACAAAGUUCCCCCAGCGCGCGGUGGACCCCGGCUCCCCGCUGUAUUCGCGGUCGGAUGUGCGGUUCGAUGUGGCGCGCGACCACCACGAUGACCCGUUCCCCAAGUGGAGAGGACGCGGAGCGGCGACCGCCGAGCGCUUUCAGCACCGCGGACAGAGACUCCACCGGGGCCCGGAGCUCUCGGACCACGGGAACCACUUCUCCGCAGAGCACAUAGACACCGAGUUCAACUCGGAAUCCCGGCAAACGGUGGAAGCCAUGCAUCGGCGGCACACCACGCUGAGGGAGAAGGGGCGUCGCCAGGCGGUGCGGGGCCCAGCCUAUAUGUUCAACGAGCGCGGUUCGCCCCUCACUGCAGAGGAGGAGCGGUUUCUGGAUGCUGCCGAAUACGGAAACAUUCCUGUGGUUCGCAAAAUGCUGGAGGAGUCCAAAACCCUGAACUUCAACUGUGUGGACUACAUGGGCCAGAAUGCUUUGCAGCUGGCGGUGGGCAACGAGCACCUGGAGGUGACUGAGCUGCUGCUGAAGAAGGAUGGUUUAGCUCGGAUCGGGGACGGGCUGCUAUUGGCUAUCUCCAAAGGUUACGUUAGAAUCGUCGAAGCCAUUCUCGGCCAUCCCGCUUUCGGUGGGGGCCUUCGGUUGGCCCUGAGCCCUCUGGAGCAGGAAAUGCGUGACGAUGACUUUUAUGCCUAUGACGAAGAUGGAACUCGGUUUUCUCAUGACGUCACGCCCGUCAUUCUGGCCGCUCACUGCCAGGAGUACGAGAUUGUCCACAUCCUUUUGUCGAAGGGGGCCCGCAUAGAGAGGCCCCACGACUAUUUCUGUAAAUGUUCAGAGUGUGUGGAGAAACAGAAGAAGGAUUCCUUCAGCCACUCGCGUUCCAGGAUGAAUGCAUACAAAGGUCUGGCCAGUGCGGCUUACCUGUCCCUCAGCAGUGAAGAUCCUGUGCUGACCGCCCUCGAGCUGAGCAAUGAACUGGCUCGACUGGCCAACAUUGAGACCGAGUUUAAGAAUGACUACCGUAAGCUGUCCAUGCAGUGUAAGGACUUUGUGGUGGGCGUGCUGGACCUUUGCCGGGACACAGAGGAAGUUGAGGCCAUACUGAACGGUGACGUGGAUCAGUGCCCACCGAGCCCUUACAACCGACCCUGCCUCAGCCGCGUCAAACUAGCCAUCAAGUAUGAAGUGAAGAAGUUCGUUGCCCAUCCCAACUGCCAGCAGCAGCUGCUCACGAUCUGGUACGAGAACCUGCCCGGCCUGAGGCAGCAGUCUGUCGGUGUGAAGUGCUGGACGGUGCUGGGAGUCACCGUGGGUCUGCCCUUCUUGGCUAUCGCCUACUGGAUUAUGCCGUGCAGCAAGCUUGGUCAGAUCCUGCGAAGCCCCUUCAUGAAGUUCGUGGCUCACGCUGUCUCCUUCACCAUCUUUCUGGGCCUGCUGGUCAUCAAUGCUUCUGACCGCUUUGAGGGAGUCAAGAACCUGCCCAACGAGACCAUCACUGACCACCCGCGGCAGGUGUUCAGGGUCAAAACCACCCAGUUCUCCUGGACUGAGAUGUUGAUCAUGAAGUGGGUUUUAGGUAUGAUUUGGUCAGAGUGUAAAGAGAUCUGGAGCGACGGGCCCAGGGAGUACAUCAUGCACCUCUGGAACGUUUUGGACUUUGGCAUGUUGUCAAUCUUCGUGGCGUCAUUCACGGCACGCUUCAUGGCUUUCCUCAAGGCGUCCAAAGCCCAGCAGUACGUGGAUAUGCACGUACCAGAUGAAGACCUCAGCAACGCCUCACUGCCUGAUGAAGUGGCUUACUUCACUUAUGCCAGGAACAAGUGGAGACCAUCCGACCCGCAGAUCAUCUCAGAAGGCCUGUAUGCCAUCGCUGUGGUUCUCAGCUUCUCGCGCAUCGCCUACAUCCUGCCGGCCAACGAGAGCUUCGGCCCUCUGCAGAUCUCACUGGGACGCACAGUCAAAGAUAUCUUCAAAUUCAUGGUCAUCUUCAUCAUGGUGUUUGUGGCCUUCAUGAUCGGCAUGUUCAACCUUUACUCGUACUACCUGGGAGCGAAGUACAACCCCGCCUUCACCACGGUCGAGGAAAGUUUUAAGACUCUUUUCUGGUCGAUCUUCGGGCUGUCUGAAGUGAUCUCCGUGGUGCUGAAAUACGACCACAAGUUCAUAGAGAACAUCGGCUACGUGCUGUACGGAGUCUACAACGUCACAAUGGUGGUUGUUCUCCUCAACAUGCUCAUCGCUAUGAUCAACAGCUCGUAUCAGGAGAUAGAGGAGGAUGCCGAUGUGGAGUGGAAGUUUGCCCGGGCCAAGCUGUGGCUGUCGUACUUUGAUGAGGGUCGCACCCUACCUGCUCCCUUUAACCUGGUUCCCAGUCCAAAGUCAUUCUACUACCUGGUCCUUCGUAUUAAGUCGUGCUUGAUACGCCUCUGCAAGGCCAAUGGCCAUCACCACAACAAUGAGCUGGAGAUGGGCAUGCUCAAUUCACAAGCCAAGGAUGAACGCUUCAGGUCUUAUCCACGACCGGGAGAAGAGUUCAUCCAGAGAAAAUCUCGAAAACACCCGACGAGAUAUCAGAAGAUUAUGAAGCGCCUGAUUAAGCGGUAUGUACUGAAAGCUCAAGUGGACAGAGAAAGCGACGAAGUCAAUGAAGGCGAGCUGAAGGAGAUCAAGCAAGACAUUUCCAGCCUCCGCUAUGAGCUCCUGGAGGAGAAGUCCCAGGCCGCAGGAGAGCUGGCUCUGCUCAUACAGCAACUUGGCGACAAGUUUGGCAAGAACACUAUGAGACACUGACAGGACUAGAAAGAA